UUGAGGACUUUGUGCGACCACCUCGACGCGCAGCAGAAGGCUCUCGCGCUCUCACACAGCACGGAACUGCAGAAACAGCGCGCGGCACAACUUUCACUCGCGCUAUUACGCAUGGCUCGAGCUUUGCGCCAAAGCGCGACACAAACGCAGUCCGUGAAGAAACUGAUGGGAAUCUAACGCAGAUGAAGACACCAACGAGCUAGAGAGGCGAUUAGGGGUUUCUUUGACAGACAUUAUCAUGACCUCAGCAUAUAUGACGGGAUAUCGUCUUUCUAUGUGAUAAUCGAGCUGUGCGUGCAGACGUGUUGACUGAAAUACUCUUUUCACGUGAAGAUGGAUCUGUGGGGAGUUUAUCUGUUUCAUCUCAUAACUUUGGCUCUGUUAGAGGUUAUACAGGCCGGGAGAGACUGCCUGGUGGCCGGAGACUCCUGCUCGAGUGAUGAGACUUGCAGUCCACGUCUGCGGACUUUGCGGCAGUGUGUGGCGGGCAACGGAAGUGUGAAGCUGGGCCCCGGUGCCAGGAGUCAGUGUGCCAAUGCAGUGUCAGCCCUACUGUCCAGCCCCUUACAUGGCUGCCAGUGCAAACGAGGCAUGAAGAAGGAGAAGAACUGCCUCAGUAUCUACUGGAGUCUUCAUCAGUCCACCAUACAUGGACUAAACCUGGUGGAGCGUUAUCCCUACGAGACGGUGCAGAAGGAUUACGACUACGUCCGCCUGGCAUCUAUUACAGCUGACUCUGAAGUUGGCAUGACGACGGUGAACCGCUGCCUGGAUGCCGCCAAAGCUUGCAAUGUGGACGAUGUGUGCCAAAAGCUUCGUACCGAAUACGUCUCAGCCUGCAUCAAACCCACCGCCAAGUCGGGCCUGUGCAACCGACCCAAAUGCAACAAGGCCCUGCGCAGGUUCUUCGACCGAGUCCCCGCCGACUACACGCAUGAGCUGCUCUUCUGCCCUUGUCGGGACACGGCGUGCGCAGAGCGUCGGAGGCAGACGAUCGUACCCAGCUGCUCUUACGAAAGCGGGGAAAAGCCGAACUGCAUCACACAGAUGAGGAUCUGCAAAGCUGACUAUGUGUGCAGGUCUCGUCUGGCACAGUUUCAGUACGACUGCGAACCCUCCGAAGCGUCUGCCAGCGGCUGCAAGCAAGGCAACUACGGCGCCUGCCUCCUCGCCUACACGGGGCUCAUCGGAAGUACCAUCACUCCAAACUAUGUGGACAACUCCACGUCCAGCGUGGCUCCGUGGUGCUCCUGCUCAGCCAGCGGGAGCCAGAAAGAAGAGUGCGAUUCCUUCCUGGGAUCCUUCACGGACAACAUCUGUCUCCGAAAUGCCCUCAUGACGUUUGGAAGUGAGUCAGACCAGCAGCCAUCUGUGCGCCAGCCCAGUACGCCCAGCCCCACCUACAGCAGCAGAGAGAACAGGAGCACGGCCUCUCCACAGGAAACAACAGAGACCAUGAGGAACAUUCUGGAUGCAGCUAUCCCUACGCAGGCUCUUGGAAACGAACUACUCGUGGGCCAGUCCACCCUGCCAUCCGACAGCCUCCAGAACUCUGCCUCCCCUCCCAGCUCAAUGCUUCAAGCUGCCUUCGGCCUUCUGUUGUUGCUCCUUCAUCUGCUCAACAAUGGGCUCUAAAGACUGGAGGGGUGCGUGUCGAGGACCCUCCCAGCACGGAGCAGAUGGAAGGACCGGUGCACAGUUCAGAGGAAAAACGGACCGUGUGGCUUUCUUCCUCCUUUUAAAUAUGUACAGCAAUUCUGUUUUUCUAUUUUUGUGUCGAAGUGGUCCAGUUCCACCUGCCUGCAAGUGUUCUCUCUUAGACUUCCUGCAGACAGGAGCCAGUCUGUACAUUUGUGCAUUGUUAUCAAGCUGAAGUGAAAUCAGAGCAGCGCUUUUAUGGACUAACCCCGCUCUCAGCUUCAAACUGUUCCCAUUUUCAAGAGUUAUAUAUAACAUAUAUGUAUGAUACAGGGACACGUUGUAUGUUUGUAUGUUGUAAAUGAACAGAAGCUCUUAUUUUAAAUAUCGUGGAAGUAAACCAAUGAACUCUGCUUCGUACUCAGGCUCAAAGUGAUUGGAAAGCUGUCCGACUGUAAGGGGCUCUUACACCACUCUGCUCCAGUGACUGAAAGAGGACUAUUAUUCCUGAUCAAUACUGGAAUGGAGACGCUGAGAGACAAUAGAGCUGCUUUUUCUCAGACAUCCCGGACAAAUGCUCUGAUCCCUUAUCGUCCAGCAGCCUCAUGUAGAAGAGAUGUGGUCAACCAGAGUCCAUAAGGAAAACCCUGACAGGAUAAUAGUCCCCUCCAUCAAGACGGCCGCCUUCUGUCAAACUCUUACAUCACUUUGCUAUUGCUAAAGCCAUGUUAUCUGUUAAUAGGCCUCACAACUCUUUUCUGUUGUCACCUCAGACCUGUUCUUGGACUUAGAGGGGAAUAAUGGAGAGCAGUAACUCUUUACCUGUAGCUGCUGUAGUAUAUAUCUGUGAGUGUAACGCUCUUUACUUCUCAUCGUGUAC